AUGUGGCUGAUCCGGGCGUUUUGGAGACUGUGCGGAGUGUUCACCAUGGAUCUGUCGUACAACAAGUUUCAAAACGAGUACUCCGCACUGCUGAUAGCCACGUGCAUAUUAUACAAUUUCGUGAACGCGUCGCAGGUCAUAUGCAAAUUGGAUCACUGGUGCUCCACAUUUUCGUCGACGCUGACGGCCGUGUACGACAGGGUGUUGACGUCCGCCGUGUUCUUCUCCCGGAUCGCGGUCGUGUACGGAUGUAAGCCGAACAUGUCCAGGUACCAAGCGACCAUCAGAGCGUUCGAGGCGUACUGGCCACCGUCGGCCACGGAACUCCGGCGGCACAGGGCGUUUUCGCUGGCCGUGGUCACCACGUGUCUGGCCGUCAUCUUGCCGACCAACACGAUCUGCAUGUACUACUUGUGCCGCUACGAGCCCAACUCGGAUGCGUCGCUGUUCGCCUACCAGCUGUUCAUGUACGUCCAGAACCUGAGCAUGUGCUGCAUCGAGACGCAGUUUGUCGUGCAGUGUUUCAAGGUCUACACCAAGUUUCACGGCAUCAACGACGAUCUGAAGAGGCUGAAGGACGAAAACCUCAACCGCUCCGAGUACCCGUUUAUGUCGUCCGCGGGCUCGUCGUCGCCGUCGCCGUCGCGGUCUGCCGUCGUGUACGACAAAGACUUUUAUCGUCCACGGUUCAUGAGCCACCCGACGGCCAACACGGUCGAGUUGCUCAGAAUCAAACACUAG